AAGACAUAACUUUGGGGACACUGAAGACACGUGAUCUAAUUUUAUUCAGGGUCGCAAACAUUUGGAUCCAAGUCACGGUGGUGUGAGCCUUCAUGAAUAAGUACACCAAAUGGCCUCGUCAUUGGUGAAGGAGAUUAGAAUGACGUCUGACAACCUACUUUCAACGAGGGGCUGCAAGACAAUGCUGGUCCCAAGUCCCCUGGUCAAGUACACCCAGCUGGUCUGCAAUGAUCCGUACGACAAGAACACAAACCCUGAGGGUUUUGUCGACCUUGGAACCGCCGAGAACAAGUUGAUGGAAGAUAUCAUCCUCCCUAAGCUGGCCUCUUUAUCUGACAGUGACGAGGACCCAGUGCAGCUGUAUUACCAAAACCUGAAAGGUAUAUUCAGUUUCAGGAAGGAGCUGAAGUAUUUCUUUGAGGAACGAUUUCAACCAAUUUAUGAGAUCGAUCCGGGAAGAGCUAGUGGUAUCAAGUGGUACAACUUCGAUUCUCGAGACCCUAGCAUUCGCCAUUGCUGAACAUGGCGACUGCAUCCUUGUGCCGACCCCAUACUAUUAUCGUAUAGCAAACGACUUCAUGGAACGCGCUGGCGUAGAGUGUUGGCCUGUACCCCUCCUCAGCCAGG